AUGGAUCGCGGCUACCCACGGCGACGCGAGGGUGGCGCCAGCUUCGGCGGCGGCGGGUUCGGCGGUGUUGGUGGAUUCAGUGGCGGCUCUGGCGGCCCCCCGGCUGGCGGCCCGCGGCGGCGCUUUCGCAGCGAUUUCGAUCCCGAGGAAUACGCGCCGCGCCGCAAACUGCACGGCCAGCGACCGGUGGACUUCUACUCGCCUGCCAUCCGGCACGUCCUCACCCGUCUGGUGCCGCGCAGCACACCGUACAGCUACCACGUUGCGCCGCACGAGUAUUACACAAAGGACCUUGUCACGGCGAGUGUGACCAACUACAAUGCGAGCACGGCGCUGUGCACGCAGUGGGUGAACACCUCGUACCACCCGGAUAGCAAAGGCGGCCGUAUCCGCACGCCACUCUACGCCCUGCAGUGGUCGCCGAGUGGACGCCGUCUGCUGUGCUCCACCGGACGCGGCGAGUUCCUGCUGUUCAACGGGCAGUCCUUUGGUGUGGAGGUGAAGACGGUGGCUCACGAGGACAACCGCCCGUGCCGCGCCAUCGCGUGGGGCCGUCGCCACGACCUCAUCCUCAGCGGCGAUGACGCCGGCAAGCUCAAGAUGUGGAUGCCCAACUUCGUGUUCAUGUCAGAGGUCGACACGAGCCACCGCGCCGUGCGCGAGAUCUCGUGGGCGCCUCUGGAGCUAAAGUUCUGCACGGCUGGCCAGGAUGGGUCGGCGAAGGUGUGGGACACGAACACGGUUGGCGCGCACACCGCUACUGCCGGCGCGAGCGAUGGUAAUCAGGCCGUGCUGGAGGAAGUGAAGCUUGAGGGCCACGGAGGUGAUGUGACGACGGCGCACUGGCACCCCUAUCGAGCUCUCAUCGCCACCGGCAGUCAGGAUACGCAGUGCCGACUGUGGGACCCCCGCACAGCUUCUCGUGGCAGCAUCGCCGCCUUGCACGGCCACAGCCAGGCGCUGACGUGCGUGCGGUGGCACCCGGAUGGGAGGACGCUGCUGAGCGCGUCGAAGGAUGGGACGGUGAAGUUGUGGGACAUACGCAAGACGCAGCCGGAGGUGAAGCGUUUCACCGGGCACACGGACGCUGUCGAUAAGGUUGACUGGCACCCGACGGUAUCGGAUCUGUUUGCGAGCACAGGGGCAGACGGAAGCGUGAUGUACUGGAUGGUAGCUGAGGGAGACGGCACCAUGACCCAUGGCGUGGAGGAGGUCGUCCACGACGCGGCGAUGAUCGAGGCGGCGCAUGAGAAGUUCCGCGACAAGCCAAACCCGGUGCACUGUGUUGCCUGGUCUCCGCUGGGCAACAUCCUCGCGUCUAGCGGCCACGAGGUCAAGUACUGGACGCGCAACAAGCCAGGCGCGCUGGAGGAGAAGGAGCGCGGCGUCGAGAGUGACAUCCUGGACGAGCAAGGCCACGUGAUGGUGUGA